UCAAGUAGAAAAAGUGGAUCGACAGAUUUUAACAGCUGAUAUUUGCUGAAAAUGGCAUUUGUGGUAUUGAUACAUUCUAAAUAUUUAACCUAGCUGUUAAAAUCCGUCCAGCUUUGUAAAUUUUCAACUUACAAUUUUUAAAAAUGCCUGGAACUAGUCUUGUGGUUCCAGUAGUGUUAUGGGGAAAGCAUGCUCCAACACAUUGUAUUUCCUGUAUCUACUUAUCUAAAGAUCAGAAAACAUUGGCAACUGGCUGUUAUGAUGGACAGAUAUGUCUUUGGCAAGUGGACCCAGACACCUUGGAAAUCAUACCCAGAUGUUUAUUGGUGGGACAUUCUGCACCAGUUUUGUGCAUUUCUAAAGCAUCUAUAAUUCAAGAUAAUAACUUUAUAGUGUCUAGUUCUGAGGCAGGGGAAAUGUGUACCUGGGAUUUAAUAGAUGGGAAAUGCAGAGAGUUAGUUAAACUAUCUCAAGUUCACACUAACAUUCAGGCUUAUCACAUGACUAACUGCGAGGAUGUAAGAUUAUUUUGUAAUGGAUAUUAUCCUGAAGUUAUAGUCAUGGAUCCAUUUAGUUUAGAAAUAUUAUUUGUUCUGUCCUCUAAAGUUAAUCCCGAUUGGAUAAGUGCUCUUCACGUUCUACGACCUGUAAAGCGUAAGGACGACGUUGUACUUGCAUUGACAACUACAGGGAUGGUCAAAGUGUGGACACUUUUGGGUCACGAAAAUAAACAUUCAGAACCAAUAUAUGAAAACGAAAGUAAACAAAUAAGGUGCUUGAAUGCAGUUUGUAUGCAAUGCUGUGCAUACAAUCAAAGAACUGUACUUAUAGUAUGUAGUAAAUAUUGGCAGAUUUAUGAUGCAGGAGAUUUUAGUGUAUUAUGUUCGUAUGUAGCCCCGAGGGGGGAAAGAUGGAUGUCAGGAGAUUUUUUGGCCGCAGAUCGUAUUUUGGUAUGGUCUGAUGCUGGAAAAGGAUAUUUGUAUAAGUUACCGUCAAACAAGCUACGUGGCAAGGUUAUUAAUAGGUCAGAUCAUCACAUUCCUCUGUCUUGUCCUCCUGCAAUGAGAUUUGUAACAACACAAAGGCAAGGAAAAUCGUUUAGGUAUUUGCUAAGGGGAGACUCAGAAGGAUAUGUAUUGGUCUGGAACAUUCCUGAAAUAUCUGCAGCGCAAUUAGUCGAAAUACAAAAGCAAAUUCCGCCUCAACCAGUGCAAAUGACUGCUACCCUUACUACUAGUCUAUCAGAAGCUUGGGCAAAUAUGAACCCGAAUCCUGUAGGAAUUUUAGAUCAACUCGAAAAAAACGAAAAGGAAGCAUUAAAACUGACUGCAAGUAUUUAUCUUCCUUUACAAAGCAGGUUGGUUGUGGGCAGGGAAGAUGGCAAAAUUAUCAUUGUUCCUGCCACUCAGACGAUUAUGCUGCAGCUUUUUCAUGGAAACCAUCAAAAUUGUAAUGAUUGGCCUCCACAUCAAGUUUUAUCAGGGCAUGAUGGAAGGGUGAAUUGUCUGUUGUACCCCUACAGGGAACACAGUAGAUAUGAUAAAAAUCAUCUUGUUUCGGGCGGUGUCGAUUUCGCUGUUUGUCUAUGGGAUUUAUAUGCUGGGACGCUUUUACAUAGAUUUUGUGUCCAUGCUGGAGAAAUUACCCAACUGUUGGUGCCUCCAAAUAAUUGUAGUACAAGAAUACAGAAAUGUAUUUGUUCUGUUGCAUCGGAUCAUUCAGUGACUUUGUUAAGUUUAACUGAAAGGAAAUGCGUUUGCUUGGCUUCAAGACACUUAUUUCCGGUAACAACAAUUAAAUGGCGACCACUGGACGAUUUCAUGAUAAUAGGGUGCCUUGAUGGUACUGUCUACAUCUGGCAAAUGGAAACUGGUCAUUUAGAUCGAGUUCUUCAAGGGGUGGCAGCUGAAGAUGUUUUGUAUGCCUGUGAUGAAAAUGAGUCGAAUUACAAUGUAUCUUCUGAAGUAGGGUUAGCCAACCCUGCUAUCCAUUUCUUUAGGGGAUUGAGGUAUAGAAAUUUGUCAGCAAUAAGGCAUGCAACACAGAGGGGUCUCCAUCAGCUUCAACAAUUGGGUAUACACUCCAAUGAAAAUGAUCCACACAUGAAGUUAAAUCAUAGUUCAUCUUUGCUUGUACAAGGCCUCAAGACCAACCCGAAGGAUCCCGAAAGUCACAUUUUGUUCUUCGAUGUGGAAGCAUUGAUCAUCGAGUUACUAAGUGAAGAGUAUUCUGCAAUGUCUCCUGGUAGUUUGGAGGCAGCUGGUUUGAUAUCGCAAUCUGAAUACUUAAAAGUUGCUGCUCUCACACAAAGUGCAAGUCCAGAUGCUCACAAAAAAAUUGCUGAAUUCUUUGGGAAGGUGAAAGAUAAGGCGGAAAACAUGGAAAGAAUAAUUAAAGAGAAAGAUAAACAUGGGAUUUUAGCAAAAAUGAAAGAAGGUGCUGAAAACAUGCAAACAAAAAUUCAAGCUAAGGCAGAAAGUGUCCUUAAGCAAGGACUUAACUCAUCAAAAGAUAAUAGUGCAUCAAAUUCGAGGUCUAAUAGCAGGCCGACAUUGGGUCCUAUGGAAACUAGCCAUGCCAUGGAAAUCGCUCAACUUCUGUUGUCGCUUCUCCAUGCUUGGGGUAUGGAUCCCGAUUUAGAUCGAGUGUGUUUAGUUAAAUUAGGACUUUUACGACCCAUGGUACCAAUAUCAUUUGGCGUUCUUUCGAAAGCGAAUUAUAUGUCUUUCUUUCUUCCUACUUGGACAAAUACUAUCCCUUUAGACGAUGAGCCAGUUCCAGGGGACCUGACAGACAUGCACUUGCCCGAAGAAUUGAUUAAACAAGAGCGUUUAACCAGAAUAUUUACGUCUAGAACCCAUUGGGAACUUAGUACAACUUUAACUAGCAAUCAUCUGUUGGCCAUAAUUGCCCUCAGUCAUACUCUUAUGUCUAUGAGUAAUGCCACUUUCAUUCCUGAACAGGAGAGAAAUAGGAAAAUGCACAGACAAACUUCGAGGUUACAUUGGAGUAAGGCAGAUGAAGAACAUGAAGAAAUGUAUACGCAGCAACAGGCUCAAAUAAAACAGGGGUGGUCUUUACUUGCCACCUUACAUUGUGUUCUUCUUCCAGAUAAAGUUGUAGCUGCUGGUUCAAAGAACUUCAAAAGGCCGCAGGUGGAAAUGAUGGCUAAGAGGUGGCAACAUCAUUGUUUAGAGGUCAGGGAAGCUGCACAAGCAUUACUUUUAGCUGAACUUGGACGGAUGGGACCUAAAGGUCGCAAGGCUCUCGUGGAUGCGUGGGCCCAAUUUCUUCCACUUUAUACUCAAACUGAAACGAUUAAUCAACAAGCUGUCACUCCUCCAAUUCAAAAUAAUGUUAACUCGAAUGCAGGAACGGCUGUGAAUUCGCCUGACGGACUUGAUGAAGAGUUUGAGGAAGAAGAAGAAGAACAGGUACGAAAGCCUUCGAGUCUUGCUGAACUGAAGAGAAAACAAACUACAGCGGUUGUUCUAUUGGGUGUCAUUGGAGCGGAAUUUGGCCAGGAUAUUAUUUCAGAUCCAAAUAAAAAGAAAAGUAACGAAAAGAGAAAAAGCAGCGUGGUUGAAGGUUUUGGUUUAGGAAAUAACAAUUUAGCACGUUUAACAUCGAUGGCUCUUUCGCAUCUACUUUUGGCUCCCCCUUCGCCUAAGUUACCAGCCCAUACACCGUUAAGAAGGGCAGCCAUAGAUUUAAUAGGCAGAGGUUUUACUGUGUGGGAACCCUACUUAGAUAUAAGUAAAGUACUUUUAGGUCUUCUAGAGUUAUGCUGUGAUGCCGAUAAAUUAGUUCCGAGUAUGACCUACGGUCUCCCCCUUACCCCUCAAGCUGAUUCCUGCCGAACUUCAAGGCAUGCCCUCACGCUUAUUGCAACAGCUAGGCCUGCGGCGUUUAUUACGACAUUGGCAAGGGAAGUUGCUCGUUUUAACACAAUGCAGCAGAAUGCACAGACUCUGAACGUAAAUAUACACAGUUUUGUUUUGUACAAAGCAAAACCAGAAAUCCUGAGAGGCGUAGAAUUAUUAAUUGAAAAAAUGCAAAACGAAAUGGCAGAUCUUCUAGUUGAGGUGAUGGACAUAAUAUUGCACUGCCUAGAUCCUGGUCAGCUUAAAGCCAAAGGAUUACAAGAAGUGUUUCCUGCUAUAUGUCGUUUUACACAAGUGUCCCACUGUCCGGCUACGAGAAGGAUAGCAGUUNGUUUUUUAGAUAAUAGUGCAUCAAAUUCGAGGUCUAAUAGCAGGCCGACAUUGGGUCCUAUGGAAACUAGCCAUGCCAUGGAAAUCGCUCAACUUCUGUUGUCGCUUCUCCAUGCUUGGGGUAUGGAUCCCGAUUUAGAUCGAGUGUGUUUAGUUAAAUUAGGACUUUUACGACCCAUGGUACCAAUAUCAUUUGGCGUUCUUUCGAAAGCGAAUUAUAUGUCUUUCUUUCUUCCUACUUGGACAAAUACUAUCCCUUUAGACGAUGAGCCAGUUCCAGGGGACCUGACAGACAUGCACUUGCCCGAAGAAUUGAUUAAACAAGAGCGUUUAACCAGAAUAUUUACGUCUAGAACCCAUUGGGAACUUAGUACAACUUUAACUAGCAAUCAUCUGUUGGCCAUAAUUGCCCUCAGUCAUACUCUUAUGUCUAUGAGUAAUGCCACUUUCAUUCCUGAACAGGAGAGAAAUAGGAAAAUGCACAGACAAACUUCGAGGUUACAUUGGAGUAAGGCAGAUGAAGAACAUGAAGAAAUGUAUACGCAGCAACAGGCUCAAAUAAAACAGGGGUGGUCUUUACUUGCCACCUUACAUUGUGUUCUUCUUCCAGAUAAAGUUGUAGCUGCUGGUUCAAAGAACUUCAAAAGGCCGCAGGUGGAAAUGAUGGCUAAGAGGUGGCAACAUCAUUGUUUAGAGGUCAGGGAAGCUGCACAAGCAUUACUUUUAGCUGAACUUGGACGGAUGGGACCUAAAGGUCGCAAGGCUCUCGUGGAUGCGUGGGCCCAAUUUCUUCCACUUUAUACUCAAACUGAAACGAUUAAUCAACAAGCUGUCACUCCUCCAAUUCAAAAUAAUGUUAACUCGAAUGCAGGAACGGCUGUGAAUUCGCCUGACGGACUUGAUGAAGAGUUUGAGGAAGAAGAAGAAGAACAGGUACGAAAGCCUUCGAGUCUUGCUGAACUGAAGAGAAAACAAACUACAGCGGUUGUUCUAUUGGGUGUCAUUGGAGCGGAAUUUGGCCAGGAUAUUAUUUCAGAUCCAAAUAAAAAGAAAAGUAACGAAAAGAGAAAAAGCAGCGUGGUUGAAGGUUUUGGUUUAGGAAAUAACAAUUUAGCACGUUUAACAUCGAUGGCUCUUUCGCAUCUACUUUUGGCUCCCCCUUCGCCUAAGUUACCAGCCCAUACACCGUUAAGAAGGGCAGCCAUAGAUUUAAUAGGCAGAGGUUUUACUGUGUGGGAACCCUACUUAGAUAUAAGUAAAGUACUUUUAGGUCUUCUAGAGUUAUGCUGUGAUGCCGAUAAAUUAGUUCCGAGUAUGACCUACGGUCUCCCCCUUACCCCUCAAGCUGAUUCCUGCCGAACUUCAAGGCAUGCCCUCACGCUUAUUGCAACAGCUAGGCCUGCGGCGUUUAUUACGACAUUGGCAAGGGAAGUUGCUCGUUUUAACACAAUGCAGCAGAAUGCACAGACUCUGAACGUAAAUAUACACAGUUUUGUUUUGUACAAAGCAAAACCAGAAAUCCUGAGAGGCGUAGAAUUAUUAAUUGAAAAAAUGCAAAACGAAAUGGCAGAUCUUCUAGUUGAGGUGAUGGACAUAAUAUUGCACUGCCUAGAUCCUGGUCAGCUUAAAGCCAAAGGAUUACAAGAAGUGUUUCCUGCUAUAUGUCGUUUUACACAAGUGUCCCACUGUCCGGCUACGAGAAGGAUAGCAGUUGGAUCGACAAACGGUACCCUGACCAUUUACGAGUUACGACAGGGAAAAUGUAGUACAAUCAAUGCACAUUCCGCUCCAGUUACUGCCUGCGCUUUUAGUCACGACGGAAAAACGCUGGUCAGUUACGCAUGCGGGGAAAAUAGGCUCAAUUUCUGGCAAACAAGUUCUGGUAUGUUUGGUUUGGGUUCAUCACAAACACGGUGCAUAAAAUCGUACAGUACCGCCCCGAUUGCUGACGUGGCUCGUUUAAACCCCAUGAGACUGGCAAGACUGAGGUGGAUUAAUAAUAGGACUGUGACGUUAAUGUUGGCAGAUGGUUCAGAGACUCGUUUUAAUAUAUAAGGGUAAAUAAUAAACCAAACACAUUAAUUACAUAUGUAUAAACGAAAUGAAGAAAAA